AUGGCAUGCGGCUGGGUUUGGUUGUAUUCGUGGCUCGACUGGGUGAGUUUUACACGUUUUGUAUUUCUAAAGCAAUAACAGAACGGGGGGUAAGCAAACGGAAUGUUGGACAGUGCAAAUCAGAAAAAAAAACAGAUUUGAGCACUGUAGACCUUGACGUGGGUCCUCAGAUUAGUUAGUUGCUUCGAGAUAGAUAGUCAUAUGGUGCAUCGAUCAGAUUUACUGAACAUGUUCCUAAUAUAAAUUUCCUUCAACCUCUUCCUGCUCGUUCUUUGUAUUUUGUGUCUCUGGCGCGGCGUAUUUCUCAUAUACUGCACACACACACAUACAAUCACGCAUCUGUGUCCGUUUCGUCGGAUUCCAAAUGAAAUGAGAAUUUCGUAAGUAGAAAGACCCGUGUCACAAGAUUCUUCUUUGCUCACAACCACCACCACCACCACCAUCAUCAUUGAAAUAUAUUUGGGGCGAUGCGUCGAUUGGCAAUAAGGAAAGAGAAGGGAAAGGAUGAAACGAAACGUUGACGACGUGUUCACAAAUGUCAACAAAGCGUGACGGAGACCCUGCUGACAAGUACUCGUGAUGACGUCUUUCUUUUGCUUCUUCUUCUUCUUCUUCUUUCAUUAUGAUGUUUUGGGCUCGAGGUUGGAAGAGUUGGAGGCCGCAUUAAGUUUCUCUCCAUCGUUUGCCCAGUUUGACAUCCAAUCUCAUCACAAUUCCACCUCCAUAAUGUCCUCACCCUGAAAACAGUAAACAAACUCCUCCCCGUUUCGACAUCGAAAUGACAUCACAUCGCAUCUCACACAACCCCCACCCACAUUUCAAUUUCCGGUGCCGAGAGGAAGUGAGUUUUAAAACAAAACUCUAGCUCGUGUCCACGUCCUCCAGAUGGUUCUGAUUCGGUCAGAAUGCCGUUUCGUUUCGUCUUCACCAGAAUUUUUCCGGUUGGUUCAACAAUCUUGUGACUUUGAGUUCAUUCACCUCAUUAUCAGAAAAGUUUUGAUGAAAAAUAGGGGAAGCCAUGCGAUAUGAUAAAUAACCAUGCAUGAAUAAUUUCUUUUUGCAUCUAACCAACCUUUGGUGCCACAUGAGCUCUGUUAAAAGUAUACUUGAGACUACUGUCAUUGAGAUUAUCUAAAAUUUCUUUGUGGCACUUGGAAAAGGGACGCCGUCUUUCGUCUUCAUCUUUAAGACGGAGAAUGCACGUUCUGCGAGUAGUAAGUCAAGGGUCUCGGAGCGGGUAGUUAUCAUAUUUCAUUUUUCAAUACCCGAGCUUACCGCUACCACCAAAAGUCGGACCACUUUUUUGCGGCAUGUGCUUGCCUCAAAAAGCGCUUUCAAUUUCCUUCAAAGACGCCGCUCUUCUUAAAGUCAAUUACACAUGACUUUACGGAAGGGGAGGCAGUUUUUGAAGAGUAAACGAAGACGAAAUUUGAUGAUUCACUUCCUGACGGUGUUGGCGGCAUGUGCCAGAACAAACAAUCCGCGGCCAAUGCUCCCUUAUUUGAAAUUCGGAAUUCCGCCUGCGGCCAACACGAUUUCGGUUUCAAAUAUUUGUCCUGUCCCCCUACCCUAUUAUCAUAACGCCAGUUUUUUGAGAGUUUUUAAAAACAGUUUCAUUUCAGUUCACAAUAGCUUUUGUUCCAGCUUCAACUGAUUCUGGAGAUGGAGUCAUUCUGCAAAGUUCACAAUAGCACCGUACCACAGGCGAACAUCCCGGAGCUGAAUAAAGUGAAAGAGUCAUUCACAAUUAUACAGGUGACUCAAAGCUUGGAAAAGAAAAGCUAAAUUCAGUACGUUCCAGGUCUUCUGCUGUAUCCUUGGAGUGUUAGGUAACAUCCUGAACCUAAGAACUUUACAAAGUCCAUCUCUCCAAACUGUUCCGUUUAUGUACAUACGAUCUCUUGCCAUAUUCGAUCUGGUUUGUUCGGUAAAUUGUAGAACCCCUUGAAAAAUUGUGUUCAGAUUGCAUUGACUAUGAUCUUACUUCAUUUUUUCCUGGUUAGCACCACCAAGGCCUCCUAUAUCAUGUACUAUACCACCUACAUCGAGGCUCCAGUUAUCAAUACGUUUCUGAUCGCCGGGUUGUAUUGCGCUUUCUUGCUGACUAUGGAAAGGUUAGUUCCUGGCAGUUGUACCAAACAACUGGAAGGCUUCAGACACUUUCUGAUCUCGCGUCCACAUAACAAGUCCAUGACAUCAAAUCCUCGUGCUCUGGCACGCCGCAAAAUUCACCUAAUGUUGCUGCUCUCAUUUGGAAUCCACUUACCAAUGGUCCUUCAGCGUACUCUUGAGCAGAAUGAAAAUGGCGAUUACGUCAUGGUAAACAAUGUGAACCUUCUGUGCAAGUCAGUUAUAUAUCCGAUCCGGACUAGUAAACGAACGUUUUUGCACUUUACAGAGAGCCUAACUGGACCAUCUACAGCUAUUAUAAGUUGGCGAGAGAGUGUUUGAGAUUCUGUGUCGUCUUUCUCAUGACUUUCUUCAAUGUCAUCAUUGCGCAUCAGCUGCAGGUCACAAAAGUAGGUUCUGGAAUGUGAUAAUAGUGACAAGGCAAUCAUUUCAGCAACGCAGAAGACGUUUGGUACGUAGAUCGUCUCCUCAAAACGAAGGCACAAUUGAUUUGAAAUCUGAGCCUUCUAUGAGCUCGUACAGUAUGAGGUCGGAUUCAAAGUUCAACAUGAUCGAAGAUAAUCAAUUGGUUUUUUCUAGAAAGGAGGAUUCAAUUCUGAUGAGAAGCUUUACUGAAAAGAAGCUGACAGUUCUCAUGAUCACCAUCUGCAUCAUCUUCCUGCUCGGAAAUGUCCCUCAGAUCAUUGUCAUGAUCCUUCAGAAUGAAGCAAUGGAAAACAAUUUUAACUUCCAGGUACUUUCAGAUAAUUAGGAUCACAGAAACCCCCCAAUUUACAGCUAUACCGUCACAUCUCCAACACAUUGGAAGUUCUGAACCACUGUCUCAACUUUUAUGUCUUCUGCAUAGCGUCCUCUGAGUACACCAGAGCAUUCCUGCUCAAUUGUAUGUGUCUCCAGAGAUUCUUGUUCCGUUUCCCGUCCAUUGCAAGGUUCUUGUCCAAGAGAAGGAGUAGCAGGUGUACAAAAGUUCAAAAACUUAUUACAACUGUUCUAUUUCAGCAUGAUGGUCACUAGUUCCACGGCGUUCGGAGUGGCGAACAAGGAAUACCUGAGCAUGGAAUCAAUUCCUGAAGAGGCCAAACAAUGGGUUGUGGAUCCAAGUAAGUCUUUUGGAUUAACUGAACUCAUUGAACCUCUCAAUGUUUAGGCUCAUCUCCUUACGCACAGGCCGAGACUAAUCUGAAAAGCAUUCUGGUCACUGGAAACAAGGAAACCCGUCAGAAAAAGUCGUUGACUAUUGUCAACCACCGAGCGAUUGAGGUUGAAGAAGAUUCCGAACACGAAAUUGAAAUUCUCUGA